GCUCUGUCUCUCUAACUUGUCUGACAACAAAUAGGAUUCUACAGCAGCCUUGUUCCACUUACUGCUACUCCAUCAAGGGACAACACUGUAGAGUCACAGCAGAAGACUGCCCCUUUUUCCAAUGAUGUUGGCAGCCCUAGAAACUAGGUGCUAUAUCCAUGACUAUGGUCAUCACGAGAUGCCCCCUUCUCCUGAGAGAGUGGAGGUGGACCUGGACGUGAUAGAGGAGUACCUGCAGGAGCACUCCAUGGAAGUGGCACCUGGCACCUGUGUGCACAGCAGUAGCAAUGAGGAGACACGCACGGGGACUGAGACAGACAGCAGCUGGGUUGCACACACAUAUGCACGCGAGUGGCACUACGCCUGGAGUGGCGGAGGAGGUGGAGGUGGAGGGGCCAACCACUGUGCUGAGGAACUGUGCUAUGAAGAACCACAAUACCCACAAUCCCACUGGUACCUGCCCCCUGCCGCCAACAGCCAAUGGAUGCAUGACCAGUGCACAGGAGCUGGCUACAGUGACUCUGACUCUCAGUCCAGUAUCUCAGGCUACCCCGAGUGCCCUCCAUCUCCAGGCUCAGACAGGGCAGGCCAACACGACUGCGACCCUCUGCCCCUGGCUUCCUUGUCAGGCAAGAGGAAGGAGCGGCUGUUCCAGUUUCUGUACGAGAUGCUGGAGAACCCGGAGAUGCGCAGCUGCAUCUGGUGGGUGCAGUCCACCAACGGAACCUUCCAGUUCUCUUCGCAGAACAAGGAGCAGCUGGCGCGGAUGUGGGGUCAGCGCAAGGGAAACCGCAAGACCAUGACCUACCAAAAGAUGGCGCGCGCCCUGCGAAACUACUCACGCACCGGCGAGAUCCACAAGGUCAAGCGCAAACUGACCUAUCGUUUCACGGCCGACACACUCAAGGGGCUCCAGCAAGAGGCUCAGGCCACCACCAGCAGCUAGUUAGCUUGCUAGCUUGCGUCAGGUCAUUUGUCAUAGCCAGGCUUAGUUGAUACACAUGUGUAAUGGGCAUAAUGACUAACUUGCCAAGCAGAUAAAGUACUUGAAGUGGUGAAUAUUGUUACUGCCUGAGUGCCUGGUAAUUACAUACAUGGUGAAUACUGAGUAUUUGUGAAGAGUCGGGAGACUUGUUUAUUGCUAUAAAUGCAUCUUGUUUUAAUUUAAGAUGAUGAUUAUAUUAGAACUGUGUGAUUAGUGUGUCAUUUUUAUUGUAUAUGUUUUUUUUUACAUUUUUGGAUAAUAAUGGGAACAUUUUUCAUAAAUUAAUUCAUUUGUUUUAAUUCAAGACAUUGGUGGAAAAUCAAAAUGGUUGUUAAAAGUGUGUCCACUUACCCAGUUAUAAAUCUGAGGAUUUGCUAAUUCAUGCACUACUUUAUAAGUAGUUUCACUGAGUUGUUUUACAUCUGAGUGUUUGAACAUA